AUGUUUUCAAAACACUACACAAAAGCAGAAGAUCAACGGCAAUUCGAUUUUCCAGAUAGAAGACAGAACAAGCAACCAAAACCAAAAAGGCGAAGGGGGAAUUCUGGUAAAAGAGAACCAGGACCUUUUGAAGAAAAUGGGCCAAAGCAGCAGAUGGAACGACCGAACAAAAGGAAGAAGACUGGCCCAUCUGAAGAAGCUCUACUGUUAUCUGCAAAGCUUAAGGAGCUCUCUAGAAAUAAGAAUCUAGAUGCUGCCCUGAAGGAGUAUUGGGAUUCAUCAAACGACUCGAUACGUGAUGGCCAUCAUGCUUGUAUCAUGGUGGAUUGCAGCGCUCGAUGCGGAAAAAUAUCUGUUGGCGAGGAAAUCAUUGAACGGUUGACGAAGAGUGGAAAACAUGUUAAUGUUGAGACCAAGACAGCGCUGAUAAAGGGCUACGUGCACUCUGGGGAAAUUGCAAAAGCAGAAAGUGUCUUCCUUCCUAUGUGCGAAUGCAAAGCAAAGAGUGAUCUUCCAAACAUAAGAACUUUGAAUACACUGCUUAGGGGCUGUCUAUGGUCUGCAGCUAGCAUCGGCAAGAAUAAGGUGGUAACUGGUGGGGUCGUCACUUCCGAAAAAGCAUGGGCGCUGUACAAAGGACUUGUCGAACGCCAUGCAUUGUCCAGUCCUGACAUUUCAUCUUAUGAGUAUUCGAUCACACUUCUUUGCCAAGCUCUAAAAACAAAAGAGAGCGAGGAACGAAUUGAGGAGCUUAAAAAUGAAUUUGGAGUUUCGAAAGAUAUGACAAGCCUUGAUCAAAGCGUCACGGAGUCGCUGUCCUUGUCAUACUUGGGACUAGCACGAGCCUAUGCCAUCUUGUCAAACAAUGCAAAAGCAACUGACGCUUGCAAGAAUGCAAUUGACUUCGCAAUUCUUUCAAAGGAGGCGCUAGAAGCAGGCAAGACACCAGAAGACGAUUAUAGAAAGAGAGGGAAGAACAUAUCAGAAAGCAGACUUGAAUCUAAUACACUAUACCGGGGGCACCGGCUUUCCGAAUUUGAGUCUGAAGCAAAAACCAUUAAGGACAUUGUUUCCAAUAAGCAAGAUGAAGGCUCGAGGUCUCGAGAAUUGGCGAGACGUCUACUACUUCGUUUGCUGGUCUUCUCGGGAGGAGGCACCACAGACCUGGAGCUAGCAAACGAAGCAAAGUCCGAAGAAGACUGCUCCGUCCAACAUCGCCUGGUCCAUGCGGCGUACUUCAACUAUGGUUUGGAUAUCCCUCUAAAGAGUCUUGGCGUCGAAUUUGGUAAAGAUAUCAAGGUCCUUAGAAAGCGUGAUUGCAAUCGGAUCCUAGGAAGCGUUGGCUUGCAAGGAGGUAUCAUUGAUGACACUGGUUUGGUCGAUUUUCGACGGCUCUUCAACGCUGGAACAGGGAAGACGAAGUCCAAGCGCAGAAAAAAGAGAAUCUUAGAAAUUGAGCUUGGUUCUGGAUUUGGUGACUGGGUUGUGAAGCAAGCCAUGACAUUCCCCGAGAAGGAUUAUCUCGCUGUCGAGCUGCGUGCCGACAGAGUUGGCCAGACUUUCGCAAGGUCUUCGAUUCUGUCAUCUGUGUCUCCACUCGAAAACUUAUGCAGUGUCGGUGCAGAGAGCGGCUCGCUAUUGCUGGAUCAUGUUGCAAAGGAGUUGGUUUCUACGAUAUAUAUUAACCAUCCAGAGCCACCCACGCAGACCUUCGGAGCUGAAACUACAAACCUUGAAGCUAUCAUGUCGGGCGGCGAUGAACCGGCACAUAUGCUUUGCAGCAGGACACUUGUCGCUGCUGCAAAAUGUCUUACUAAGUCAUCACAUGGAAAGCUUGUCAUUGUUACGGACAACCAUUGGUACGGGCGCCUCAUCUGCGCUACUUUUGUUAGGAUCGCGCGUCAAAAUCCCAACCUUUUCCAGCCAGUCGAUCUCAGCAAGCACCAUUACGAGGAAGUCGAAGCAUUCCCUGUAGGAACGUUGAACCAGCUUCCUGUCAUUAUGUAUGAAGGCCAACCUGGAGAGGCUAUUGGGCAUGCAAAAUUAAACAAAGAUGACAAGGGGUCCAGCUACUUCGACCGCCUGUGGCGCAGCGGGGCGGGAUCACACGCUGAGAAACGGUCAAGAUUUGUGAUUGUGAUGUCGCGAAAUCAAGGUGCAGAUAGUUAA